UGAAUUGUUAAUUAGUCUUAAUUUUAUUUUAUUCGGGCCGACAAAAACAAAACUAGUCAAUUGGCACAGCUUGUGCACUUAAAGCGCCAUCUCUUGACAGAAUCUUUGAAAAUAAUAAAGCAGUGCAGUUGACUAAUUUUAAAUAUUUAGGUUUGUGUAUUGGACAAGUAAAAGAUGGUUUCCAUCUUGGAUAGGCACAAAUGUGGUGCAAAUAGGGGAAUAUAAGUGGUCGAGAGAGAGGGAAAUUUCUAAUACUUGAUUGGGUGAAAUUUUUUAAAUUUUAAACUUAAUCGUUUAUGCAAACAAAAAACAUAGUACUAGAUUUGAGAGGAACAUAUACUUUGUGUGCCCAUAAAGCAUGCCAGAAAUAGUUUAGCCUUAUCAGAUAAAUUCCUAAAUUAAUUCCUAAAUAAACUCCUACAUUAACACUCUUAUAUUUUAUAAAUUGUUUUUAUCACUGCUAAGAAAUUGGUUAUGGAUUUUAAUAAUGAUAAAAAGCAACGUGGUUUGGUCCCAAAAGGCCCCAGUUUUUUGUUGGAGCGAAAGCAGCGUAUAUCUAUUGAAGGUCGAGGCGAUAUGUACAUUAAGAACACCCAAACCCAGGUUCGCGAACUGUAUCGGCGCGAGGCUUUGAACGAGCCUCGGCGAAGUUCCUCUUCUAACACCGAUAGCCAAUUGCUGAAGACCAGUCUGGAGGUGAAGGCGCUCAACAAGAAGAUUGAACGUGAGAUUGGCAAAUUGAAGAAUUUCCGUUAUUCUUUCCUAAAGGAUGACCAGAGUCCAGUCCAGAAGCAAAAGCCGGCACCGACAAAGACGACUGUCAAGCAUUUGCAUUGGCGUCAAAAGCUAUUAAAACAUCAUAGAGAACGCACCUUUGACGAGAGUCCAACGUCAUCCAAUCGGCAAGAGCUGCAAAGCUUAGGAUUUUCCUCGCCAGACACCGGCGACAGACGACCGUAUUUUCGGACCAUGUGCGUCGCAUCCUCCCCGAAAUCGAGUGCCGGGGAGCAGGCCGAUUCCAGCCGGCCCACAACUGGCGAUAAUCGUUUGGAUCGAAGACCACAUCAGCCGGAACAGAAGAUCACCCGCAUGUGUGGUGGCUGUGUCUAUGGACACGGCGAAGACAUGUCGCAGCCAUGCUCAGUCUAUCAGAGCGACUACUGUCAGUACGGAGGCGCCUCCUUUUGUCCCCAGUGCACUCCGAACAGUUAUAGAACCUGUGAUAUGCCCGGACCUAUGCCCAUGCCUUACUCGCCCGAUCCGUUAUACCAAUAUCCCGUAGGCUCAGUUAACCAGCAGCAAGAGUCAAUGAUGAACAGCUGUACGUGUUCCAGGCCGAGCUGUUGCAGGCGUAGAACGGACUUGAAUACGGAUAAAUUCUGUCACAGCUGUUGUGCGGAUCCUUUGUCAAAGCGUGAUCGCUCUUCAAAAACGAAAGACAAUUUUCUGUCUAGAUCCCCCUCCCCGCGACCACAAGCGCGACGCGUUGGGAAAGAAAAGGGGAGAUUUGAAAGCCCCUCCAAGUACCCAAGUCAGCAAGAACAGCCGCCAAAUUCAGACAAAGUAAUGAAAAUUUCUUUUAGAAAACAGCAAUCGGAACUAUCCGAGAGCGCCAAGACGAAGCCAGCCAAGGAUAAAAUGAUCAUCAAAGCAUACGUAGCAGCGCAAGCGCCGACUAUUGAUAAACACCACAUCGACGAGGAGAAGUUACGCAUGCACCGCGAGUACAUGGAAAUGUACAGAAUGGAGCAUGAGAAAACCGCCGGAAAGGAUUCCAGCCUAAACAUGUCAGAGCUCGGAAUAUCUCCCACCUAUACAAUACUGCCCGUACAGGAAAGCACAAGUGCAAAACAUAGUCGUUCAUAUAUCGUAGGUACGUCCACAAGUCGUCAGGUGAGGUUUUCGCUUGAUCAGUGUAAAUGUGAAGAUCCUUCGGAAGCAGACGCUUUGGCGAAGAUAUGCCAGGACACGGUUACGCAAACGGUGAUAACAAAUGGCUGCAUGCAACAAAUGGAAAACUCCUCCAGCGUCGAAUAUGAAAGCUGUGAGGCUAAGACGGACCAAUUCCAAAAGCGUACGCUAUCCGUUAAGCGGAAUGAUGUAGUAAAAACAGUCUCAAGCUGUCAAACGGAUGACGUAGUUGAGGACUUUCUCGAUGAAUGCUCAUCGUACGUGGACGGUGCGGGCGCCAUGAGCCAGUGGCAACUGGCGCAGCAGCCGCCUUCGAUGACCAACCAGUCUAGUCAAACGUCACCCAAAAUAGCUGGCCCGACAGUUUCAAGCUACAUCUCCCAGUGCCAGGGCAUCAUUCGCAAGCAAACGACAACCCAAACAGAUAUUCAAAGCGACUCCCGUGACUGGCAAGAGUGUCCCGAAAUAUUAACACAUGAGCAGCUCCUAAGCUUGAAUGGGGAAAAUACUGUUCAAACGUCUACGACAAUGCGCGACUUGACAACGGUUUCGGAACAACCAACAUUUUCAGGGGCCCUCGGACAAUCCCAUAGAAAGGUCGUCCAAAGUGAGCCGGUUAUUCAAUCUCCACGCGCUGAGUUUGCAUAUGACAAUGGCCCAAUCUCUGCAGCAGAACGCCCUGAAGCUUUCCAAUCGCAGCCACAUGUUUGGAUUCAGAACUCGUCAGACGCAGCUGUUUCGCCCAGAAAGUGUAUUCCAUGGCAUGAAUUGACGAGCAGCUAUACGCAAAGCCAACAAAUCUGUCGUGAUAGUUCCGGGGUCCAACAAAAUGCGGUAGACUUUACGGAAGAAAUCUACGAAGAUUGCAAAUGUCCUGGUUCAACUCCAGUGCAUAUGGAUCACGACAACGACAACGUGGACUACAGAAACCAGCACAAUUUAUCGCCAAACUUAACAGCUACGGAGUACACAAGUUUGGUAGAAUGUCCAGAUUAUAACAGCAUAAAUAGACCUGAUGACUGUGAACCGUUUGAAGAUACUACAGCCGAUUAUGACUCCACAGUGGAAGAGCUGAGUAACACUAUGCUGUCCAUGGAAGUGCGUAGUCCGUCGCCAAUAUUGGACGCAACCUUGACUUGUAGAGACCAACAUGAACAAGAUUUCAAUCCGUGCGAUGAUUCCGAGUACAUUCCACAGCUAGAGGAGCCAGUCGCCUCCGGGCGCGCCUAUUUGUACAGACAAGAGCAGUUAAUACACAACUUCGAGCCUCCACGUCAGGAAUCCUAUGACAGGGAGCAGCUGGCAAUCAGAGAGCAGAGUAUACAGAGUAGAUCCACCGUUUGUGAAAGACGGGCACGUUCCGUGACAUUUGAAGAUGAAAGCGGCUUCAGCGAGAGAAGCAACACGGUCAAGAGCUGCCGCAGCCUCGUUGAUUGGGAGCGCGUAUCCCAACAUAGCCUUAGAAGAGACAUGGGACAAGAAGACUUUCCUCAUGGCAACGGAUAUGCCGACGUUGGAAGCCCUAUGAAUUCAUACAGAUCGAGCAGCACGGCGGGCACAGAGUUUACGUGUAAUGAGUCCAACUACGGAGACGAUUACAUAACCUGCAAUGAGGCCCAAACGGAACGCGGUAUUCAUAUUGAUAUUCCGCCCUUUACCGGAUGUCCCUGCAUGCACAACGAGUAUCUGAAGUUGGUUGGCAUGUGUAAGCCAAGACCUUAUGGUGGGCUUAACAGCUGGAUCUUGCCGGAUUAAUAUAUAACUUGAUACUUAAAAUAGUUUCCUAACGCUCUCGCUGCCUAAAUAUUAUAAAUAUAUUUUUUAAUAUUACAAUACAAUAAACUGACAGAUGGGCAUUGCUCUGUACGCAGUA